AUGAAUUUGAAGGAGUUAGAGAAGCUGGCUGGAAAACACCCACUGAAGGUGGAGCUGGAAGAAGCUAUAAGGGAGAUACAGCUUCUGAGAGAAGAACACAUAAGGAUUCAUAACCGUCUUCAUGGCAACAAGAAAAACGAUAAAGGAAAUGACAAUAACAAAUGGAAAGUGGUUGGUAAAAAAGGAAUAAAACUGAAGAUAAAGAAGUCUGUAAAGGCAACUGUGGAAAGUCCAAAUCCCUUCGCAGUAUUGCUGGACGAGUGUAGUUCGUCCACCGACAAGGAGACAGAGGUUAAAAAGGAGCAUAUAUCACGAAUGUCGUCACUGGAGAGCAUUUCCCCACCGCUGGUCACGCCUGCUAGAGCUAAUACACCCACUGAGGCCAAGCAGUCAGCCGCCCUCGCCCGCCCUCAGAUAGUGGGCGGCUCCCUGGCUACUUAUUCCGCCGUCGACACCGCCAGAACUGUCAAUAAUUCACACAGCCGUAACAACGAAGUGGGUCAGCCAAAUGGUCGUCUCAGACAACUUUCAGAAACAUCACGCAAUUCUCUGCCACCCACGAAACUGCCAUUCCGUCCUGGACGAAUGCCACCCGAGACUCCGGUGAUGGCCAUACCGCCCACGCCGCCACCCACAGCUGCCGGGGAUGGCAUGAGGAAAGGAGGGAGAGUACACCUGCAGCCAUUAACGAUAAGAAAGACAUCGAACUAAGCUAAGCUAGGCCUGUAGAAAGUACAUUGUAACUUAGCUCAGUAAUAACCAUGAACAGUGACGAUGCUGUGAGUAACCUAAGUUACCCACCAUAUUCUAAAUGACCUCUUGGACAUAAUUGUAAAAUAUUCCCAAUUAUAUUUUGAAUAUUAUUUAUAUCUUAUAAAUGUAUGCAGGAUUAUGACCAUUGAACAUUUAACUAGUAAUAUCAAGCAGAAAUGUAUGAAGUGUCCUUAUUAGACUUUAAUUACAUUCUUUUAAGUGAUCUCAAAUUGAUUUUAAAUUAAUUAGAUUAGUGUGUGCAUAUCACUGUAACUUGACACUAACAGCGGUUGACUUAGGAAAAUUAUGGAAAUAAAUAAAAGUAUUAGGCUGGAUUAGGAUGGAUAAUGAGAACCUUUAAAACUAGGGAUGCCAAGCCCAUGAUGACACUCUUCAGGUAACUUGUUCUAUCUAGGCUGGAAUAUUGCUGCACACUAACAGCACCUUUCAAGGCAGGUGAAAUUGCUGACCUAGAAAAUGUACAGAGAACCUUCACGGCGCGCAUAACGGAGA